GAGGCGUGGUAACGCUGUACAGGCAGCAUCACGCGAGAAGAAUGAGCAAAAGGACGAGAAAGAUGCGCGAAUAACCGCUUCCUGAACGCUUCUGGUUGCUCCGAGUCGGUGUUUCAGUCUCGUCUCGUCUCGUCUCGUCUCGUCAUGUCGGCCGGGGAUAUCCUCCGCCAAGAGGCAGGCAAGGAGGGCUCGAGAAUGCCGGCCUGGAAACGAGAGCUGCUGGAGCGGAGGAAAGCGAAGGGCGGCGGGUCUGGGCCAGGUGUCGACUCGGUGUCUUCUCGGGUUAAUGGCGAGCUAACGGGAAGCGGUAAGGAUGAGGUUACCGGAGCGCAUUCUAACCGGACCUACACCAUUACUCCUGCGGGAAAGCGGAGCGCAGCGGCCGCCGCAUCACCGGAGAAAACAAAAGAGCCCAGCGACAGAGCAGCUGAGAAAACAAUAACGGACAACGGCGUGCUCCAGGAGAGCCUGGGUCCCAUCAAGGAGAACCCGUUUAUCAAGCUGGAAAAGGAGCGCAAGAAGCGCCGGGAGCGCGACACCACAUCUCGCCCGCUGCAGCACAUUUUAGAAAUGUACAGCUCUGUGCCCGGGAUACGAACCAUCCGGGCCGAGAACAUCAUCAUCAUCGAGUCCGACCCGGAUUACUUCCGCGCCUCCGGGACGCAGCAGAACGGCACCGUGAGCGGAUACAGCUCUCUGAGUGACCUGCUGGAGCGCACGGGUAGUCCGGUUACCGAGAUCCACGCCAAGGAGGUUGUGAUCUACGACACGGCGCUGAGCAAAAGCGAGGAGAACCUGAGCACGCUGGGUCGGGCGAGCAGCGAGCUCUCGGACCUGGCGCAGGCGCAGGGCACGGUCAGUCGCAUGCUGCAGAAAUUCGACCGGAAAUACGGCAAGUUGCACGGGAAGUCCCGGAGCUCAGAGAACCUCCUAGACCUGGACACGAGUCCUGUCCUGUCGCGUCCCCGAGCCAGGUUCUAUCAUCCAGAUGUGGUGCCAAAAUGUGCCCCGUGCCCACAACCUGGCUCUCCUGUUCGCAUCCCAGCAUCCUACAGCCAGUCAGUCUUCCAGUCUUCUGAAAGGAAACAUCACGAGUCUCCUAAUAGUUCUGAAGACAGCAGUCCUGUCCCUGGAUCCCCUCAGUCGGUGUCUUCCUUCCGACGUCGCUUUGAGGUCGUAGGGGGCCGCAGAGACGAGAUAGAGAGGGGCCAGUCCAAACCUGUGAGAGAGAGAGACUGGGACAGCACCGAUGAGGUGUCCAAAGCUAAGGUGCCAUGCUCUCCGGAGAGCCACUGUGCCCGUGCCGAGUCCUUGGCGAGCGCCACGUUGCCCCUUAUUUCAACCAGAUUUGAGAUCCGGCCUUCACCGCGCCCGGAUCUGUCUACGUUGCCUGCCAGCGACGUCCAGGCUCGUGCCCUCGCCAACCUGCGCCUCCAGUCCCGCAACUCUUUCACCGUCAUCCCCAAGCGGCACGGGGUCCCGUCGGCCCCCGGCAACACUGCGCCCUCCAGCCCCGUUCUCUCGCCUGCUUACCCACACGCGGAGGAGCCUUCAGUGCCAACACCCAGUCCAGCUUCCCCAUCUCCAGAAAAAAUUCCCAUACCACCGGUGCCAGACAAAACUGACCUGAUACAUCCUGAAAAACCCAGCUCGCCCACUAUCAUCCUGUCACCCCCUGCGGCUGAUUCGCUCACAAAAUCAACAACACCCCUUAUUCACGAGCCGGCUCUCGAGAAACUGCCCAUUACUAACAUUGAUGACCUAGUGGUGGAAUCCUCGCCGCCUUUCCCCAGCCCUAUGGUGCAAAGGAGGAAAGGAAACACAUUUACAGUUGUCCCAAAGCGCAGGACUGAGCCCCAGCCUAGCACUCCUCCUGCCCCGGAGCCUACCCAGGAGCCUGCUACAGUGCCACAGGGGUCACCGUCCUCUGCGGAGGCUCCUUAUGCCCACCUAGGCACGCUACUGAAAAAGCGCUACCCGGCGGUAGAAGAAAUCGAAGUAAUCGGUGGAUACCUGUCCCUGGGCCGAUCCUGUUUGUCCAAGACUGGCUCCACAGGAAAGAAGCUGAAGAUCUCUUUUAACGAGUCGAGCCUGCAGAGCACCUUCGAGUACCCAUCCGAGAGCAGUGUCUGGGACAGCGGCGAGGAAGAAGAAGGAGGAGGAAUAGAAAGAGGAGGAGGAGGAGAGGAAGAAGGAGGCAUCAGCAUAGAAAGGAUCCACAUCCCCCGACCAAGUUAUACCUCCAGCCCGACCACUCACAGCCCAAACAGCACUGAUCUAUCCAGCUACACUCCAAAGCACUCUGUGGACUUUACUUCCUGGCAGGAGAAGAAGCUCGGUGACUCUACAGACUCGGGUGAUGCAAAUUCCCGGCCUGCUACUGACAUGUCAGAUGAGGUGAUGUUGACACCAGCAGACAGCUCCUCUCUCUCUGACUUCAGCAGCGAACCAGCUCUAUACUUCUAAAUUUCACCAGAACUCUGGAGCACACGGAACCAACCACCAGCCUGGACGACUCUCUCUGUCUGUCUCUCUCUCUCUCUCUCUCUCUCUCACUCACACACUCUCUCUGUCUCUCUCUCUCUCUCUCUGUCUCUCUCACACACACACAGAGAUAUAGAGAUGAGAAGAACCAGUAGCAUUCAUGCAAAUGAGCUGUCUUUCCAUUCCAUCUUCUUGUCUCCAUGUGCUUUGUCCUGAGUGAGACUUUAAAAAAAAAAAAACUUUUUUAAAGGCUCAGAUGCGCUGUAGCCUUUGUCUUUCGCUCUCUGAACCUGUGUAGCUCAGUUCACCUCAUGAAAGUGACCAAAUUUCCUCAACACGGAGGAAGAAGCUUGGACUCAGCUGAUGUAAAUAAUAAGACUCUGAUAAGGAGGAAAAAAAGGAACUGAAAGAGACAGUACAUACAUCUAGCAGUACAUAACUCACGAAAAGGGUGCCACAAUUCUUGUUCUUUUUGUCCCUGUUCCACCAGUUUACUGCUCUGUGGAUGUUUCUUGUUUCCUGGAUGUCUGUGUUGUGCACCUUGUCCGAUAUGAAGCUCCUAGUCAGUGACACAUCUCACACAUCUGGUUUGCUCAUUUGAAUCAGAUAUAUAUCUUGUGUUUUUGUGUUUUUACAGCAAGCAGCUCUUAAAGCCUGAGUUAUGCUUUAAUCUGAACAGACAGGGCGGGACGUAAACAGCAAAACAGUGUGAUGUGGGGAAGUGAAAAUAAAACCUCGGGGCGUAGACUGAGAUCAGGGCUGUGCCGAUUUCACUGCAGCCUCAGAGUGGAACAUUUGUUAUGUAGCAUUUGUUAUUUGGGAAAUGUAGUUAAAUCUAUAGAUUCUCGAGGCAGUAAUUAAGGCAUGGAGUGACUGGUCAGUAGGUCAUGAGUUCAAAUCCCAGCAUUGCCAAGCUGCAAUUUUUGGGGUCUUUCAGCAGUUGCUAUUUACAACUGCAGUACUUGGUUGUAUCUUAUCACUUUGGAUUUAAAAAAA